GCGGCUGCUUUUUGGUCCAAGAAAUGUACGUUCUAUAAAGUGAUCUCUUGUAUCUUUCACUGUUUUGGGGGGGUUUUUUGGUUUUUUGUUUGUUUGUUUUUGCUCACAGAACUUGUGGACAAAUGCAUUGGUUCACGCAUUCACAUUGUGAUGAAGAGCGAUAAAGAAAUUGUUGGAACGCUUCUAGGAUUUGAUGACUUUGUCAAUAUGGUGUUAGAAGAUGUUACAGAAUUUGAGAUUACACCUGAGGGCAGAAGAAUCACAAAGCUAGACCAGAUUUUGCUAAAUGGAAAUAACAUAACAAUGCUGGUUCCUGGAGGAGAAGGACCUGAAGUAUAAAUUGAUACGCUUGUCAUCUAUGAAGACGUGUUAUAUAUAAAUAUAUAAUCUAAAUAGAGCUUUGGGGUAUGGGUGGAUUUUGGUGUGGGUUAUUUGUUAGUUUUGUUUUUUUUGUUUACACACCCUUGCAGUUGACAUUUGAUAAAAGACAAGUAUUUCCUCUUCAGGGAAGGUGCUUUUGCUAAUGAUAAUGAUGACUUUGUAAGUUGAAACCAUGACUUUCUUGUAAAGAUGCACUAAUCUGUGCUGAAUAAAAGGCUUUCUUUUCAUUA